AUGGAACCUCUCGAUCUGAGUGUCCACUCAACCAAACGGCACCCUGAAGAACCUGGAACUUUUCAAGACCGCCCUCUCUGUUUGAUAAAAUACUGUGAAUGCCAAAAUGGCAGCCUGCACCCCCAUUUGCCUCUGCUGCACCAUGAACAUCAAAUCUCUUGCACAGCUGCAGCUGAUGGCUAUUUGUGGAGGAUUGAUGAUCUGACUAAGCAGCUGCAACCCCCAAGCGAGACCCUGAUUCCAUGCCACACCAGAGAGAUCUCUUCUACAGAGGAUCGUCAUCUCAACCGGCCCCAGUCUUGCCCGAUCACAUCAUCAGCUGCAAAGUGGUCUCGUCCUCAUGGUGCCAAUAAUCCCGGUAGCGAAAAUCUGCAAGACAGCAGGAACGACCCCAAGGUAGCCAAAGGCAUGUCGAAUCGGUCUUCUGGGCAGAAAGAUGCCGUUUCAACUCAUUCAACAUCGGAUGACAAAUACUCAAAGAAAUUGCCGGCAAGCGAUCACACCAAGAACAGCCAGCAGAUGAAGUUAUCUACAAACUACCAGGAAAAUAGCCAGAUGGACAGUGAGCCAAACGAAGUGGAAUCCCAGACGGUAUCCAAGACUUCUGGCACUGACCAAUGGGGUCCGCUAAGUCCAACCAGCUCAGUAAAUCGAGCACCAGAGAAUUAUUUGAACCUGAUGCACCAUCUAUUACAAGGGUGCGCUUCUGUAACCGACAUGUCCGUCUCAGUACGGAAUCAGCACAACAGCAGUAAUAAUAGUGCUUCUGCUGGUCAAUUGCAGCAUGACACUGACCAUUUGGAAAACAAUGGUCAGGACAAAGACGAGGAGACUGCAAUGGAACAGGAUGAUUCUAAUCAAGUUAACCACAGUCUCUUGGAUUCAAAAAAUAUUUCCUUUGAUGGUAAAAAUGAUGACACAAAUAAAGAAACUUCUGAAAACACUAACAACGACACCAAUUCUUCUGUGAAGAAAUCUCCUCAGACUGAUAUUAAAGCAGCCAACGUGACAAAGGUCAACGCUCUUGACUAUCUUAUUUCAAAAUAUUUAGUUCAGAAUGUCGACGUCCCUUAUAAGCCGUGUAACAGAAAAAUCCGAGAACUUUUAAACAGCGGAGAGACUAAAAUCUGUUUUAUGGAUCUGAUCGAACUCCAAAUAGAAAAAAGUUUUACUGUACCUGGUUAA